UGAACCGGUCGUACAGUCCAACGGCAGAGUUUUUUUUCUUCCUGCAGUGUGUAGUCGUGACUUACAGACACAUUUGCUCCAUCUGAUAUCUAAUCUAACCAUGCUUCUCACGCAAAGAACGCCACAGGGUCUAUAAGAGCUGCGGUGCCACCAGGAACCAGGUCUACAGCGCAGACGGAGCCAGCAGACACAGCAUGGCUCAGAAGACGGCCCUGAUUGUGUACGCCCACCAGAGUGCGGGUUCGUUCAAUGCGGCGGUGCGUGAUGUGGCCAUGCAGGAGCUGGUGGAACAGGGCUACAAGGUCAUCGUGUCUGACCUGUACGCCAUGAAGUUCAAAGCCAACGCCACGCAGGACGACAUCAUCGGUGAUCUGAAGAACCCGGAGCUUUUCCAGUACGGCGAGGAGACCAUGCACGCCUGGCUGGAGGACCGCCUCAGUGACGACAUCAAGGCCGAGCAGCACAAAGUAAAGGAGGCCGAGCUCAUCAUCUUCCAGUUUCCUUUGUACUGGUUCAGUGUGCCGGCCAUCAUGAAGGGCUGGAUGGACCGAGUGCUGACACAAGGCUUCGCUUUCUCCCUGCAAAAAAUGUACAACAACGGUGUAUUCAAGGACAAGAAAGCAAUGCUGUCCUUCACCACCGGAGCAACACAGACGAUGUUCCAGCCUGAUGGCAUCAAUGGAGACAUCAACAUCACGCUGUGGCCUCUGCAGAACGGCACUCUGCACUUCUGUGGAUUUCAGGUUCUGGCUCCUCAGAUAUUCUGGAGUCCGGUUCACAGCACCCCCGCCGUGCGAACCGCAAUGCUUGACGGGUGGCGGGCCCGACUUAAAGGACUGCUGGCAGAGAGGCCUUUGACCUUUGCCCCCUGUGAGCUCUUUGACCUCAGCUUUCAGGGGAAGUUCUUGCUGCGGCCCAAGGUGAAGGAGGAGCAAGAGUCUCAGCCCUACGGCCUCACCACAGGACACCAUCUGGGGAAACCACUGCCGCCUGACAACCAGGUCUCAGCUCAGGCCUCUGGUGGAAGGAAGUAGGACCUCCUCUUCGCUUGUGUGCCUUUAGACUCAUUCAUGAAUGUUAUGACAUCACUUUAACAUCCAAAUAUCAUGAUUGAAGCUGAAAUAAAACAAUUUAGAGAACAAUGACUUGAACUUAUUUUAUUUAGACAGAAACAAAAUAUUUUUCAUUCACAUGCACACAACCUACUUUACUUCAGUGUAUUGCUACUUUACAUAAGAAUUUGAAUACUUAUUCUAUUGUUAUUUCUAUAUAGUAUGUAUAUAAGACAUCUAUCUCUCCCUCCUGUUUCUCUCCCUGAGGUUUUCUCCUUCUUUCCCCAUUAAAGUUUUUUUGCAGGAGUUCUCUCUUAUUCUAAUUGAGGGUGUAAUGAUGAAGGGUGUUGUAUGCUGUGCUGACUAUAAAGCCCUUUGAGUCAAAUGGACUGUGAUUGUGAUUUUGGGCUGUGUAGAUGACAUUGACAACAUGAUUGGUGCUCAAAAGAUUAGCUACAAUUUUGAAAAUCAAAGGAUCUUUUUCUGUCAUGAAAAAAUGUCAAACAGUUUUGCGCUGGUAAAAAAGGAACUUGUUGACUGAACAUCUGUCCAUCUUUGACCUCUUUGCAAAUUCCCUAAUUUGUAAUCAAUCAAAUUAUUAAAACAGCUGACUCGCUUUAUAUGUGGUCUUUUGGGUUGUUAUCCAAACCUGCGUGUAUUUUAUCACUAUAAACUGAAUAUUCGUGUGUUAUUGAACUGCUGGUCGAACAAAACAGACAAUCAGAAGAAGUCUCCUUUGGCUCUGGGAUGUUGUCAUGUCCAUUUUUCAUUAUUUGCUUAUUCUAUGUACCAAAUGUUUAAUUGAAUAACCAGGGAAGGAAUCUACGGAUUAAUAAAUAAUGAAAAUAGCAAGUUAGUACU